CUCCAAAUCUUGAUAAACUGAACUGCAGUUGUAUGAUAUGAAGGAAUUGGAAAAGAGGAUCUAUUGAUUCCUUGAGACAAGGAGAACUCUGAUAUGCACAAAGUUCUCUUAGAAAUGGCGAACAUGUCUUCAAGCAUAGAAUUUGAGUACAUCAAGAACCUCCAACAGCAAGUGUACUUCCUUGAACUGGAAGCCAAUUUUCUUCGUGAACAGGCUAAAAAAGCCACUAGUCUUCAGCCUCUUAUUGCAUCUGAAACAGAACACAUGCUGCAAAAGCUGCAGGAAUUACAGUCGCAGGCUGAAGGCCUCCAACUGGAGCUCAAGAGAAAGGAAAGUGGUUUGAAUAUGCUGAAGAUAGAGAGAGAGCGACUUAGUAACCAGAUCAAAGUGGCUGAUGAGCAUCAUUCAAAAGAGAAGCAGGUUUUGGUAAAAGAAAUUCUAGAACUGAAGAGAAAGAAGGAACAAAAGGACAGGCAAAUCUCUGGAAAAGAAGAAGAGAUAUUGCAUGCUAAGCAGGAACUGGAACAGCAACAGAUGACCCUGAGUAAUAGAGAACAGGCUAUCCUUAUAUUACAAACAAAGGUGAAGCAACAGUCAGAACAGCAGAAGGCGGUGGAGUUGCAGCUUGCUGAAAAGAGAGAGAAGCUCUUGAAAGUGCAGUCUGCUAUGCAUGAAAUGGAACAUAAGAUCUUUAAGAAAACAGCAUCGAUACAAGAGCAAAUUACUCAUGAACUACGGAGUGAGAUGUCUUUCCUUCAUCAACAAAUACGUGAGAGAGAACUACUAGCAGAACAGGAUCGUUUCUUAAGAAGUAAAAUGAUGGAUGAUUAUGCGGCUUUGACCAAGGAGAAUGCUAUGCUGCGACCCAGACUCAUGGAACUUAUCAAGCAAACAGACAUUGAGAGAGCACUCAAGGAGGAGAGUUACACAUCCCACUCUGCUAGCAUUUCUCAGUUUCUAACAGUGAAAGACCAUGAAGUACAUUUGCAACGAGAGAUCAAGAGGCACCAAGAACUCCUGGAGCAGGAAAAGAAUACCCUCCAAGAACUUGUUAAUAAGAUUAGAAUUUUAGAAGAAGGAAACACAUCUCUUGACUUAAAUGUUGCAACAAUGAGCAGUCGAGUAACUGAAAUGAGAGCUAUGCUAGAGAAAGAAGAACAGCACAAUCUUGAGCUAAAAAGAGACAAAUCUCGUCUGGUUGAUCUUGCAUCUAACCUACAGAAACAGCUUGAUGGGAAAGAAAGCAAUCUCCUACAGGCGUCUAAUAAGAUGCUGCAACUGGAUGAAGCCAUUUCAGCAUUAAAAACAAGGCAUACAUUGCAUCAGUCUCUUCAAUCAGAAAAAUGGGAUGAAAUCUCCAAAAUGGCAAAUUCUAUGAAGAAACUCAACAAGUCAGUGACAGAUAUUGUAGUCAACAUGGGAAAAUAUUAAUCUGAGAGUGUAAAUGGCUUUAUUUUCCUUAUGAGAAUAAUGUUGAUAUUAGCUUUGAUCAGCAUCUUUAUGAUUUAAUGAAACUUGAAGAAUUAUUGUCAGAGUUUUGUCAACCUAGGCACAAUCCUAAAGGUGAGAAGCCUUAACAACAGGCUGUUCUGAUCUUAGAGGCUCUGUCCUGUUCAAAGUCCUGGCUGGGCAGAAUGAAAGGUUGGGGCAUAUUUUGCUGCUCCAUCCUCCAAAAAGGGGAAAUCAGUUAGAUGAACCUCGGAGUUUGUCUAACCUCCCCUGUGUAUGGGAGAGGGGCAUGGUUGUGGCUGUGUGGGCUUAGGAUUCCUCAGAUUCUCAGCCACUUGCCACCCAGCAGCCAUGCCCAUUCCCACACCCUAUACCUCUCUAUGAGGUUGGAGUUCCAACUUCAUGGAGUCACUAUGGAGAUCUCUGCAGUGGCUGGAAGAAUUCAGGAGGAGAGCUCGGAUGUUAGAGCUUUGCCUAAGACCCGGGGUGGGUUCUGAACCUCUCUGUCACCCCUGGAACUCUGUGUAAAGACCAUAGGAUUGCUAUCUUAGUCAUUUUAAUAAUUCUGGGAACCAGGAUUUACUCUAUACUAAAUAAGGAGAAAGAUUUCCUAAUUAAAAGACUGAUAAGUAGUUAUAUAAACUUAAACAUAGUCCAUUUUACUCUAUACAAAUUAACAAGUGUGUUAUUGUAACUUAAUCUCCAAUGGAAUCUGACUUAGAACAAAUUUAAAAAAUUAAUAAUGACUUACUGAAAGUUUUGUCCUUUUAAGGCUACAAUCCCAUAAACUUACAUGGGAGUAAACCCCAUUGAACGCAAUGAGGCUUACUUCUGAAUAGAUGUGCAUAGAAUUGCACUGUAAAUGU